AUGCAUUUCACCACAGCUCUCGGACUUGCUGCUGCCUUUAGUGGCGUCACUUCUGCUCUUCCUGCUACCCAGCGCCGUGACGGUGGCAGCGACAACAACCCCAGCGGCAGCAACAGCACCAGCAACAGCAACAGCACCAGCAACAGCAAUGGUGGCAUCGACAUCACAAACAACAUGGGCCAUACAAUCUACCUCUGGUCCGUUGGCAACUCUGCCAACAACAGCAUGGUCACACUGGAUCCUGGCGAUCGGUACUCAGAAAGCUGGCAGGUGAACACUGCUGGCGGCGGCAUUUCAGUCAAGAUGGCGACGCAACCCAACCAAUCCGAUGUGCUUCAGUACGAAUACACUCUGGAAGGAGAUACUAUCUACUGGGAUCUCUCCUGCAUCAACAUGAGUGAUAACUCCACCUUCACGACUGCCGGUUUCGAUGUUUCAUCCAACAACACCGACUGCCCAUCUGCCAACUGCGCGCCUGGUGACUCCUCUUGCGCCGCCGCUUACCUCUACCCGACUGAUGACCAGGCGACUCACGGCUGCCAUGCCAGCACGCAGAUGGCCUUGAAUCUCGGAUCUUCCGCACCUUCUUCAUAA